UUAACUGUCAAGAAUUCCCUUUUAAAAGCAGGAAUAUGUUUUAUAAACUUUGCCAAGGAAACUUGUUUUGCUAGGCCAAUCACUCGAAGUGUUAGUUGAUGCAGUUUUUGGUGUUAACUCGUUGCCAUUUUAAGUUGCUUAUUUUCUGCUGAAGAACAUUUUGUUGAAGUUGAGUCAUGGUUUUCACUGAAGUAAUUCUUACGUAUGACAUUGACUGAAUUCAGAACCUCAUUAAGAAAAUGCCAAACUCACUGCACACACAACAACAAGCCAAGAAGUGAAUAAAAAGUGAGAUUUCACAAUAAGGUUAUAAUUUUUGGACAGCACAAUAAUCUUGAUGUGUUCUACUAAUUUGAAUCUUCAUGCAAUUGAUGCAAGCGUUUUUGGUUUAUAGUGAUCACUAACUAGUGGUACAGGGGUGUGUAAAGUUUUCCAUCAAGAAAAUGUCAGAGGAUAUAGACUUGAAUGGACAUUCUGAGAGGAAGCAAGAUUCAGAGAGAAAGUCCAAAGAUGAAUCUGCCAAAACAAUACCGUUAUACAAACUUUUCUCAUUUGCUGAUUCUUUUGAUCAUUUAUUGAUGAUUGUGGGGACUAUGGGUGCUAUCGCGAAUGGAAUCUCCCUUCCCUUGAUGACUUUGUUAUUUGGAAAUAUGAUCAACGCAUUUGGAGGAACCAAAAACUCCAACGAAGUUGUUGUUGAAGUUUCCAAGGUGUCUUUGGAAAUUGUAUACUUGGCUGUGGUAACCUGUUUUGCAUCACUUUUGCAGUUAACAUGCUGGAUGAUCACUGGAGAGAGACAAGCUGCUAGAAUUAGAGGAUUAUACCUUCAAACUAUUUUGAGGCAAGAUGUCACCUUCUUUGACGAGGAAACUAGAACAGGAGAGGUUGUUGGAAGGAUGUCAGGUGAUACUGUUCUUAUUCAAGAUGCCAUGGGUGAAAAGGUAGGACAGUUCUUACAGUUACUGGCAACUUCCGUUGGAGGUUUUGUAAUAGCAUUCAUCAGGGGAUGGCUUCUAACUGUUGUCAUGUUAUCUUGUAUUCCACUUAUUGUUUUGGGUGGCGCCAUGGUAAGCCUUGUUAUUGCAAAAGCAUCAUCCAGGGGACAAGAAGCUUAUUCCCUAGCUGCAACUGUAGUAGAGCAGACAAUAGGUUCUAUCCGAACUGUUGCAUCAUUCACUGGGGAGAAGCAAGCAAUAGAUAAAUAUAGUCAGUCCUUAAUCAAAGCUUACAAGGCUGGAGUGCGAGAGGCACUAGCUUCUGGUUUUGGGUUUGGUUCUCUCUCUUUUGUUUCUACCUGCAGUUAUGGUUUGGCAAUAUGGUUUGGUGCAAAAAUGGUAAUAGAAAAAGGAUAUACAGGAGGAGAGGUUGUGACAGUAAUGAUGGCUGUUUUGACUGGCUCCGCGUCUCUUGGGCAGGCAUCUCCAAGCUUGAGCGCUUUUGCUGCUGGAAAAGCUGCUGCCUUUAAGAUGUUUGAAACAAUUAAGAGGAAGCCAGAAAUCGAUGCUUAUGAUACAACUGGUCGGCAGCUUGAAGACAUCGGUGGACAUAUAGAACUAAGGGAGGUUUACUUUAGUUAUCCUACAAGACCAGACGAACUUAUAUUCAAUGGAUUUUCUCUUUCAGUACCAAGUGGCACUACGACAGCUUUGGUUGGAGAAAGUGGGAGUGGGAAAUCCACAGUUGUUAGUUUGAUAGAGAGAUUUUAUGAUCCACAGGCAGGUGAAGUUCUCAUUGACAGUAUCAACCUCAAAGAAUUUCAACUGAAAUGGAUCAGACAGAAAAUAGGCCUAGUUAGCCAGGAACCAGUUCUCUUUACCUGUAGUAUUAAAGAGAAUAUUGCCUAUGGCAAGGAUGAUGCAACUGUUGAAGAAAUCAGAGCAUCAGCAGAACUAGCUAAUGCUGCCAAAUUUAUAAAUAGACUUCCUCAGGGACUGGACACAAUGGUUGGUGAGCAUGGAACUCAGCUUUCUGGGGGUCAAAAGCAAAGGGUUGCAAUAGCAAGAGCGAUUUUGAGAGACCCAAGAAUCCUGCUUCUGGAUGAAGCUACAAGUUCACUUGAUGUUGAGUCUGAGAAAAUUGUACAGGAAGCACUGGACAGAAUGAUGAUAAACCGAACAACAGUCAUUGUAGCCCACCGUUUAAGUACCAUAAGGAAUGCUGAUAGCAUUGCUGUUAUUCAUCAAGGAAAAAUAGUUGAAAAAGGUUCACAUGCCGAACUCACCAAUGAUCCCACUGGAGUCUAUAGCCAGCUCAUUAGACUGCAGGAAAUUAAAGGGUCAGAACAAAAUGCUUCAUAUGACACAGACAAGAUAGAAAGUCCAGUGCUUUCUGGUAGACAAUUAAGUCAAAGAUCUUCCUUACGAUCUAUAAGCCAAAGGUCAGCAGAAGUUGGAAGCAGUGGUUGCAACUCUUUCUCAGAAUCACAUGUUGUUCCCCCAACGAUUAGCUUGGAUCUUUCAGGCAGAGGAUCUCAAGCACUUCCUGCAACAGUUUCUUCACCAGCGCAAGUGCCACUCUCUCGCCUGGCAUAUUUAAACAAGUCCGAGAUUCCAGUCUUGUUUAUAGGGACUCUAGCUGCAGUAGUAAGUGGACUAUUAACACCCAUUAUUGCACUCUUCGUUUCCAAAAUGAUAAGUAUUUUCUAUGAGCCAGUAGAUGAACUUCGGAAAGAUUCAAAGCUUUGGGCAUUACUAUUUGUUGCAAUUGGUGCGGUAUCAUUUAUCACAGCUCCUUGUAGAUUCUACUUUUUUGGUGUUGCCGGCGGUAAGUUGAUCAAAAGGAUUAGGAAAAUGUGUUUUGAGAAAGUUGUUCACAUGGAAGUUAGCUGGUUCGAUGAAGCUGAACAUUCAAGUGGAGCAAUUGGAGCAAGGCUCUCUUCUGAUUCAGCUGCUGUUCGAGCUUUGGUUGGGGAUGCACUUGGUUUGCUAGUUCAAAAUGUUGCUACAGUUGUCGGCUGUUUGGUAAUUGCGUUUGAAGCAAGCUGGCAGCUUGCUCUUAUAGUGCUAGCUUUGGCACCGUUAUUAGGACUAAAUGGCUACCUGCAAUUCAAGUUCAUAACAGGAUUCAGCGCAGAUACAAAGAAACUGUACGAGGAAGCAAGUCAAGUCGCAAGUGAUGCUGUAGGGAGUAUAAGAACUGUUGCCUCUUUCUGUGCUGAAAAGAAGGUGAUGGAAUUGUACCAGAAAAAGUGUGAAGGACCAAUUAAAACAGGCAUAAGGCGAGGGAUAAUAAGUGGAAUUGGUUAUGGGAUAUCAUUCUUCAUGCUUUACACAGUUUAUGCAUGCAGUUUUUAUGCUGGAGCUCGACUUGUAAAGGAUGGAAAAUCAACAUUCUCAGAUGUUUUCCGUGUCCUUUUUGCACUCAGCAUGGCAGCUAUGGGAAUCUCCCAAUCUGGCUCUUUGGUCCUUGAUUCUGCUAAAUCAAAAAGUGCUGCCGCUUCUGUAUUUGCUAUUCUUGAUCGAAAGUCACAAAUUGACCCAAGUGAUGACUCUGGAUUGACGUUGGAAGAAGUAAAGGGAGAGAUUGAAUUUAAAAAUGUUAGUUUCAAGUAUCCCACCAGACCUGAUGUUCAAAUAUUGAGAGAUCUUUGCUUGACUAUUCAUAGUGGCAAGACAGUUGCACUGGUUGGGGAAAGUGGAAGUGGAAAAUCAACACUGAUCUCAUUGUUGCUGAGGUUUUACGAUCCAGACUCAGGUCACAUUACACUGGAUGGAAAAGAAAUAAAAAACAUGCAAAUUAAAUGGCUAAGACAGCAGAUGGGUCUGGUGAGCCAAGAGCCUGUGCUGUUUAAUGAUACCAUCCGAGCCAAUAUUGCAUAUGGCAAAGGAGGGGAUGCAACAGAGGCAGAAGUUAUAGCUGCAGCAGAACUGGCAAAUGCUCACAACUUCACCAGUAGUUUGCAGGAGGGUUAUGACACAAUAGUUGGGGAAAGAGGGAUUCAGCUAUCUGGAGGGCAGAAACAACGAGUGGCAAUUGCACGAGCAAUAGUGAAGAAUCCAAAAAUAUUACUACUAGAUGAGGCGACUAGUGCACUUGAUGCAGAGUCUGAGAAAGUGGUUCAGGAUGCACUAGAGCGUGUUAUGGUGAACCGAACUACAGUAGUAGUGGCUCAUAGGCUAUCUACUAUAAAGGGUGCGGAUUUAAUUGCAGUAGUAAAAAAUGGUGUGAUAACAGAGAAGGGAACACAUGAAUCUUUACUGAGCAAGGAAGGUGAUUAUGCUUCCUUAAUAGCAUUGCACACGAGUGCUUCUACAUUCUAGUUUGUUUUCACUUCCUUUUGAUUUUAUCCGAGAAAGACUGCUGUGGAAUUUUUCCAUCUCAAUAAUUUACGCAACUUUAAAUGUCA